GGUGAGCAGCAUCAGCAGAAGCAGCAGUGUUUGGGAGGAACUUGGUGGAGGCGGUCCCCCGCUCCGACGCUAGGAGCUGUCCGCGGUGCUGAAGCCUCGGCUCUCCCUCCCUCCUCACGCGGGCAGGAGUCCGCUCAGCGCGCGGCCGAAUUCAACACAGACCUCCGCCUUUUCACCUCUCCGCUCCGCUCCGCUCCGAGAGGAACCAUCCGAGGCGCAAAACCCGACGGUUUCAACUCCUCCCGCCGCCUUGCUCGCUUGCUCACUGGGAAUAAUCCUAAUAUCAUUUUCAACACGCGGACGUUCUGCUCUUUUUUUUCUUUCUUUCUUCUUCUUGUUUUCUUUUUUUUUUCCUAUCGCGAAGAGCGAAAACCUCGACUUUCCAGCCGACAUGUGUGCGAGACAAUACCGGCAAUAUACGACUCUCGUCGCGGCUCUAGCUCUGGCUGCUGUCGUCCCCGAAAUACGCGGACAAGGUCCAAGGGAAAUGCACAGCAUCAGUAAGAAGGCCCUAGACCAAGACAGAGACCUUUUCACACACAUCCCAACACAUGACUCGGAAAGUGAAGCCCAUUCUGUCACCACUGUCUCACCGAUGAACAUGCCCAACCACCAGCCCAUCCUAAAGGGCCUKCUCCUCCACGAGCAUCUUCUUACAAGGGACUUCCAGGGUGACCAACAUUUCUUUUGGAAAGAUGGCUCUGUAGCUGCGCAUCCCACCAUGCCAGGCUCUGUGGCUGUUCCAAAUGCAGGAGAUGCUGUUACACAAAUUGUGCCCCAUGAGGAUGCCCCAGCCUUCUCAGACAUUGCCACGACCGCCACGGCAGCUGCCACCUCCCAGCUGACCAUGUUUUCUCCCACAACACCUGCACCACCUGUCUCUGUUCCUCAGAAGAAGUCAACCAAAGAGAAGGCCAAGGUGUCUGACAGAGUGGAGCCAACAACAGACUCCCUCACUACUCAAGUGAUGCCAUAUAGUAGAGGCAAUCCAGUGGCUUCCUUUUCCUCACAAGGCAGGGGUUUACCUAUGGAUGCCACUUUUGUACCCAUCUCAGCAAUGAUGGAAAAACGACAAGCAAAGGAAACCACAGUGAAAAACAAAAGCAGCUCUGAUCAUCUACUCUCYAAGUCUCCUUCAUCCUCUCAGGAAGAAGGUACCAGUACAGAAUCAACAACUGUCAUCAUGGCUACCACCAUGCAAACGACAGAGCCAUGUGGAAUGAAUUUCACUGAGUCGGAAGGUAACAUUGAAAUCCUACAACCACUUGACUCUGGUGUGGAGUGCAGCUACUUGAUUACUGUCUACCUGGGGUAUGGCAUUGAGGUUCAGGUGCUGAAUGUCAGUUUGAUGGAAGGGGAGCAGGUGACGGUGGAGGACACAGGUGGUCAAGAACCUCUCAUCCUGGCCAACGAGUCCGUCUUGAUGAGGGGCCUUGUUCUGCGCAGCUGGAGCAACCAGAUCUCGAUCCGCUUUCGGAGCAAUCAGCGAGUGAAUUCAGCAUUCCUCCUCCUGCUGCAUUAUCAAGCUUUUGUGCUCAGCUGUGCGUUUCCCAAAGAGCCGGCUGGCGGAGAAGUUUCUGUAACACAUCUUCAUGCUGGCGGAGAAGCCUUCUUCAGAUGUUUCACUGGGUACAAGCUGCAAGGUCCUAAAAUGCUCACGUGUCGCAAUGCAACCACGCCUUACUGGAGCGGGAAAGAGCCCAGAUGUGUCGCGUCCUGUGGAGGGAUGAUAAAAAAUGCCACAACCGGUCGUAUUGUCUCUCCUGGUUUCCCCGGCAAUUACAGCAACAAUCUGACGUGCCACUGGGUGCUGGAAGCCCCCGAAGGCCACCGACUUCACAUUCACUUUGAGAAGGUUGCUUUGGCGGAAGAUGAUGACAGAUUGUUGAUAAAAAAUGGCAACAACAUAGACUCUCCUCCUGUGUAUGACUCCUACGAGGUUGAAUACCUYCCAAACGAAGGUGUGCUCAGUACCGGGCGAUAUCUGUUCGUAGAGUUCACCACGGACGGGACGAUGACCUCCACUGGUGCAGCCAUCAGAUACGAAGCCUUUGCAAAAGGAGUGUGCUAUGAACCCUUUGUGAAAUACGGCAACUUCAGCAGCAGUGACUCCACCUAUAGUAUGGGUGCAGUGGUUGAAUUCUCGUGUGACCCGGGCUACACACUGGAGCAAGGCUCUGUAGUGAUUGAAUGCGUAGAUUCACAAAAUCCACAGUGGAAUGAGACAGAGCCAGCCUGUAGAGCUGUGUGCAGCGGAGAGAUCACCGACUCUGCCGGUGUGGUGCUGUCUCCUAAUUGGCCCGAGGCCUAUGACAAGGGGCAGGACUGCAUCUGGGGCAUCCAUGUGGAAGAGGACAAAAGGAUCAUGCUUGACAUCCAAGUGCUCAACCUGGGUAAGAAUGACCAGCUGACGUUCUACGAUGGCGAUGACCUGACAGCCAACAUCCUGGGUCAGUACAGCGGCACACGGCCCCARUUCAAGCUCUACACCUCCAUGGCUGAUGUCACCAUCCAGUUCCAGUCAGACCCUGCCACCAACAUCUACGGCUACAACAAUGGAUUUGUGGUUCAUUUCUUUGAGGUGCCAAGGAACGACACUUGUCCAGAACUGCCAGAGAUUUCCAAUGGGUGGAAGAGCACGUCCCACCCAGACCUGAUCCACGGCACAGUCGUCACGUACCAGUGCUACCCUGGCUUCACACUGGUGGGCUCRGAGAUCCUCAUGUGCCAGUGGGACCUCACUUGGAGCGGCGAUGUGCCAAAAUGUGAUGAAGUUCUGACAUGUCGAGAUCCUGGAAAUGUGGAGCACAGUCGCAAAGUGAUCACCGGCAGCCGUUUUGCCGUUGGGUCGACUGUCCAGUUCACCUGUAACAAAGGUUACAUCCUGUCUGGCUCCAGCACCCUCACCUGCUACAACCGAGACUCCGCUGUGCCCAAAUGGAGCGACAGGCUGCCUAAGUGUGUCCCUGAAAAGUACGAGCCGUGCAGAAACCCCGGAGCCGCCUCCACAAGCAUACAGAGCUCCGAAAAGGCCUUUUACCAAGCAGGAGAAACUUUAACUUUCUCCUGUCACUCUGGUUACGAGCUGCAGGGCGGGGCCACRAUCUACUGUGUCCCUGGACACCCGUCGCAGUGGAACAGCACCCCUCCUGCCUGCAGAGCAUCCUCAGCGCAGUACGUGAAUGAACGAAGGCUUGAUGUUGUUAAUAUGGAUUAUAGCAUGGAGGGAACCAAUAUUACUCUCGCAGUUUUUAUUCCAACCGCCAUCGUCCUGGUGGUUGUUUUGGGGAUUUACGUCUACUUUGCAAAACUUCAAGGGAAGUCUAUCCGCAUGCCGACACCUUCYCCCCCGUACGACAACAUGACAGAGGAGUCAGCGUUUGACAACCCCGUCUACGAGAGCGGACAUUGGCAGACUCGUUGUAGAUACUAAACCCUGUCAGUAUUUCUACUUUGGCUUUACUGCAAAACUACUAAAAGGACAAAUUGAUAAAGACAAAGAGGUGUCCAUUUAAAGACCUUAAAGCAAGAACUGUUCAAGCUUUGCCUUUUGGGACCCUCUCUGCACUGCUCAUGUUUAUCUCCAACUUUUUUUAUUCUUUUAAUUUUCCAGUUAAAUUUCUGUUUCAUGCCCCCUUUUGUUUGUAUUCAUGUAAAUAAGUCUUAUUUUUUUCUGUUUUUGCAGUCAGAUCUGUGAAUCUGUGUUACACCAUGGUGAUAUUUUUAUACAGAAAGUUGUUGACGACCAUUGGUGACUAUGUUUUUGAGUACUUCUUGGUGGCCUAAGCAAGUAAUAUUUAGAAAAGACUGCAAGGAUUUUAGAAGGAUUUACAGAUUGCUGAGAUCACUUGAUUAAACUCCCCCAUCAUUCAACAGUCUUUGCAAACUUUGCCAUUAUUUCUUUGUCUUUGUGAGUGUGUGCGUGCGGGGAUGAAAUAUUGAGCUAAUUGUAAAUAAACUGCCUGUCUAAUAAGAGUGCCUCACGACUGACUAUAAACCUGAGAAAAUGACGCGCAGAUGUUUGUAAAACCCACAUAUUCAGUGAUCAGUUUAUAAAUGUCUUGGCUUUCCUGGGACUCAUCUCCUUUGUGCAUUUUUACUCUUAACACAGUUUUCUUUCAGCAUCACAGCUGUUGCAGCAACACCCAGGAAAUCCAUUCCCCUUCAUUCCCUGAAUAAUAUAAUAAAAUAAACUGUUGUUUUA